GAUCCGUUUUCCUUUGCUCGGUGUUACUGGAGUUCGGCCUCCCUUCUCGCCCUUUUAAGCUUCAAGUCCACUAUCUCCCACUCACUCAAUUCUUCUUAGAUCAAAAUCGAAUUCAAUGGCUAUCACCUUCUCAGAUCUCCACACCGAGUCGGGCCUCAAAUCUCUUGAUGAGUUUCUUUCCGGAAAAUCAUAUAUUUCUGGGGAUGGGAUUACGAGGGAUGACAUAAAGGUAUACGCAGCCGUUUUGGAGAAGCCCGGAAACUCCUUUCCCAAUGCCAGCAAGUGGUACGAUGCUGUUUCGGCUCAGCUUGCUGCCAGCUUCCCUGGCAAAGCUGUUGGGGUGAGAGUGAGUGGCAAGGCCUCUCCAGUUGAAGCUGCUCCUACCGAGGAAGUUAAGGCUGCUCCUGCUGAAGAUGAUGAUGACAUUGACCUCUUUGGUGAUGAAACAGAGGAGGAAAAGAAGGCAGCAGAGGAGAGGGAGGCAGCUAAGAAGGCAUCGUCCAAAAAGAAAGAGAGUGGGAAAUCAUCUGUCCUUAUGGAUGUAAAGCCUUGGGACGAUGAGACUGACAUGAAGAAGCUGGAAGAGGCUGUUCGUAGUAUUGAGAUGCCUGGUCUCUUUUGGGGUGCAUCAAAAUUGGUUCCGGUCGGCUAUGGGAUAAAGAAGCUGCACAUCAUGCUUACAAUUGUGGAUGACCUUGUAUCUGUGGAUGACCUAAUUGAGGAGCGUCUUACGGCGGAACCCUGCAAUGAAUUUAUCCAAAGCUGUGACAUUGUUGCCUUCAACAAAAUCUAAGAUCCUUCUUACCAAGACUGCAGCGGUACCCAAGUCUUUCGGCUAUUUAUUUUUUGGUCAUUUGUCAUCCUCUUUUACUGUUUUAUUUAGCCUUGUGCUUUGGUUGUGGUUUUGUUCUCUAGAAUUGUGAGAUGAACAUUUGAUUCUACUUGUUCAUCCUCUCUACCGAACAAUAUUCUAAUAGAAUCCUUUGUUCGCAUA